GCACGAGGACACGCCCUCGAGCGAAGAUGCUGUCGUUGCGAGCUUUUUCCAAUCAUUUCACUUUACUGCGGGAACUAAUUGUCGUUGUCACACACGUUGUCAAAAGAAGAGAGCGAUGCUAGCCUACAUUAAACAUCGCUAGACAAUCCAGCAAUUCUUUAUUUUCAUGUUAACAUUUAAGCCAUUAAAUUGAAGCCAUUCUUUUGGGGAAAAUAAUCGCCCAAUGCUAUGCAACUAACGUUAAAUAGUUUCCCAUCUUUUUACCGUAGGUGCAACAAUGGGCUACAGAGCAAGCGAAUACAGUAACUGAGCAAUAUCAACGUUACAUACUAGGCUAUCUACUUUGGGCUUUGGCAUGAUCCAAUUAUACAUUGAGGGGCUUGGCUACACUAUACUGCUAAAAUAUAAUUAUUCUAGAGCUAAGGUUUGUGCGUCCAGUCAGUGUAAUUAAAUGGGAUGCAUUACGUUGGUCCUUAGCUUUGCAUCAUGUGGGAAUUAACUCUGCGCAGGGGACGCCGGUCAUAUUUUUGUUGCCUACAACAAGGAAGUAAGCCUUAGAUGAAUAAUUGUUCUAGUAAAAUCUUUGUCGUCGACUUUCUACAAGUUGUGUGAAAUGGUGCCUGGACAUCGGACCUUGUGUUAGCUAAUUAAUUCAAUUACUAUGCGACGACAAUAAUUAAAUAAUCUAUAGGCUAUCCCAAUCGUAAGGCAUGUGGUGGUUCCAGCAGGGUCUCUGUGCUCUGCCAGCAGGGCUGGUGGUCUGGUCCUCCGCCACGUUCAUCUUCGCUUACAUCACAGCGGUGGUGCUGCGAGACGUGGACCCCUUCCUCCCCUACAUCAGUGACACUGGGACCAUUCCUCCGGAGCGUUGCGUGUUUGGCCUCAUGCUCAACAUCUCAUCCUUCUUAGGCUUGGCCACGGUGUAUGUGCGCUACAAGCAGGUCCAGGCCCUCACGGAGCCCGAGGAUGCCGCGCUGCGCCGGCUCAAUGCCGCUGGCUUGGUCCUGGGAUCUCUCAGCUCCUUCGGAAUGUGCAUCGUCGCCAACUUCCAGAAAACGGUCGUGGUGUCCAUGCACAUGUUGGGUGCGAUCAUGACGUUCGCCGUGGGGGCGGUGUAUAUCUUCGUGCAGACGGCGAUGUCUCACCGCAUGCACCCGCGUGUGCACGGGAAGGCCGUGUUCUGGGCGCGGCUGGCCGUGGGUCUCUGGACCACGCUCAGCAUGCUCAUCAUGCUGGUCUCCUCACUCAUCAUGUACUCUAGUCUGCCUGGCGUGGAUUUGGCCAAAAAACUGCACUGGAUCCCAGGAGAGACGGGCUACACGGCUCAUCUGAUCAGUACGGUAUCCGAAUGGUCUCUGGCCUUCUCCUUCAUCAGCUUCUUCCUCACCUACAUCCGGGACUUCCAGAAAACAGACCUGCGAGUGGAGGCUGUGAUGCUGAAUCCCCAUCUGUACGACUCCACGCACUACGGCGUGGGCGCGCGCCACCGAGAGACCUCCCCGCUCCUGGCUGGGAGCAUCUGAGCACAGCGCCCCCUGCUGGCUGGGAGCAUCUGAGCACAGCGCCCCCUGCUGGCUGAGAGCAUCUGAGCACAGCGCCCCCUGCUGGCUGGGAGCAUCUGAGCACAGCUCCCCCUGCUGGCUGGGAGCAUCUGAGCACAGCUCCCCCUGCUGGCUGGGAGCAUCUGAGCACAGCUCCCCCUGCUGGCUGGGAGCAUCUGAGCACAGCGCCCCCUGCUGGCUGGGAGCAUCUGAGCACAGCGCCCCCUGCUGGCUGAGAGCAUCUGAGCACAGCGCCCCCUGCUGGCUGCAGUCGCACUCACAGGGUCCCUCUGGUUCUCUAUGAUACCGAUUCUCCUUACACCUGCUGCCCUGCCCAUUCACACCAGGCCAGAGAAAACACACACGCUCACGCGUUCAAACACACACACACACACUCAGAAAUACACACACACACACUCAGAAACACACAUACUCACACACACGCACUCACACACAAACACACACUCAGAAACACACACACUCACACACACACACUCUCUCCCCCACACACACACACACACACACUCUCUCUCACACACACACACACACACACACUCAGAAACACAGUUUCACAAACACACAUGCACAAACACUUGCGUGUGCUCGCGUGUGCUCGUACGCACCCACACACAGGGGCUCAUGGACACGUAAUGAUGUCAGACGCACACAGGCACAAGCACACGCAUGCACAAACAGAAACAUGCUCUUCGACAGCGUGAGAAUGGCAGCUAAUGUCCACAUUGGCUUUUGUAAUGGAUGCGACCGAAAGUUCAUAUUGGACGUCAGCUAUUGGGUAGAGUUUGGAUCAGUUUUGUCUAUUAACUAUGAACACUUUGAUGGCAAGCAUGUAGCUAAGUGUGUGUGCCUGUGUGUGUUUGUGCGCAUGUGUUUGUGUUUGUGUGUUUGUGUAUGUGUGGGUUUGUGUGUGUGCGUGUGUUUAUAUGCUUGUGUGUGCAUGUGUGUAUAUGUUUGUGUUUGUGUGCAUGAGCGUGCGCGUGUGUGUAUAUGCUGUGUGUGUGUGUAUAUAUGUUUCUGUGUGUUUAGGCUGUGGAUGGUAGACAGUAUUCUGACAGUGUUCUGGUAAACUGUGUAAGAGCAGACAGCACUGUGUUAAGCUGCCCUGCUCGGUAUUGUGGAGAAGGAAGAUCCUGCGUAUGACAGCACUGGGCCUGCCUGACUCAGGCACACGCAUCACCCAAACAAACCCAGGCCUGAUUUCACAUACUGUACCUUCACAUACUGUACCUUCACAUACUGUACCUUCACAUACUGUACCUUCAUAUGCUGUACCUUCAUUCAUCAGGAUGAGGAGGGGCCCAGGGUUCUGUGACUGAAAGUGGAUCACAUCACUCAUCAAGUCAAAUGCUGCCUUUAUCUUAAACUCAACCUGCUGCUGCCUUUGUGUGUCUGCGUGUGUGUGUGUGUGUGUGUGUGUGAGUGUGUGUCUGUGUCUGUGUCUGUGUGCAUUUCCGUGUAUAUCUGUUAUUUGUGUGCCUGUGCAUGUACUGUGUCCAAGUGUCUGUAUAUUUGUGUGUGUGCGUGUGUGUGUGUGCAUGUACUUGUGUACAUUUGUGUGUGUGUGUGUGUGUGUGUGUGUGUGUGACGACCACUGCAUCAUAUCCCAGCUGGUUCUGAUGCCUUGUACUUAGGCAGUAGCAGGUUUCUAGUGUUUACAGAGUGAUUGACAGCCCAGCCCCUCCACUGCCAGCGAUCUCCCAUCAAGUGCCUUCAACGACCCACACUGAGACAAAACACACAGACACUGCACACACGUGCUUUUAAUGCUGCAGCUAACCAGGGAAACGGUAACCGUGGUGAAACGGUAACCGUGGUGACCCGUGCCCGGCUCAGUAUCUCUGCGUCUUUAGGAGAGGCAGAAGCUCAGGUGACAUUUUGAUUUAAUUUGGCCCAAGUGGUGAAGGCAUGAACACAGGCCUUAUCUUACGCUGCAUUAUCAACCUUAACCACUGAACCCACCAAUUUUACAGUCAUUUAAUUCUGAACUGUUGACAUUAAUUAUUAAAAAACAGUUCAAAUAUAGAUGAGUUUUUACGAGCGGUUGAUACUUUGCCAUUCAAAGUUUUGGAUUUGCCUUUUUUUUAUCUUGAAUAUUAUCAGAAGCUGUAGAAAUGUUAACCAGGACAAUUUCACAUUAACCAAUACAAAGAUGAUCAUUGUCUUCAGAAUCAUUGUACUUAACAGGGACCUGUUAGUCUGGUAUUUGGUAUUGGAGGUUUAUAUUUUUUUUACCGUGCUUAAUAACGUGUUAUUUCUGUUAUCUCUACUGUAACCUCUUCUUUCCGUCCAUCAUGGUCCUCCAGGUGAAGAAAUGCCGCUUUUUAUAGUUUUACUUUCCUCUUUACAUCACUGUUGUCUCUUAUUUUUAUACAUAUCCCAAAAAUGAAUGCUGCCAUAUUUAAAAUGUUAUGUGUUUGUAAGAGCCAGAUUUUGCUGCCUUAUAUUUAUGGUUCUAUCCCUCCGAUGGAAUAAAUUGUGCAUUGCUGUUUGAGGGAGCCCCAGAACCGCAACUUGUACUGUACUGUACUUCCUGUGUACAAUAAAGAUGUACUUUUACAGUAAA